GGAUAAAAUACAGUCUUGAUUUCCUCCUCUGAAAACAAGGAAAACACCUAUUUUGCCUUUUACAAUCUCAGCCCCUGCUCGGUUCUUCCUCCUGUGUUUAAAAGCAGCUUCUCUUUCUCCAGGUGGAGAGGAUGAGGGGUGAGAACGCCACCAAGGUCGGCACCUUCAUCCUGCUGGGCUUCCCCACGGCCCCCAGGCUGCAGUACGUGCUCUUCCUCCUCUUCCUGCUCACCUACCUCUUUGUCCUGGUGGAGAACCUGGCCAUCAUCCUCACAGUCUGGAGCAGCGCCUCCCUCCACAGGCCCAUGUACUACUUUCUGGGCACCAUGUCAACCCUGGAGAUCUGGUACGUGUCCGACAUCAUCCCCAAGAUGCUGGACGGCUUCCUCCUGCAGCGGAAGCGCAUCUCCUUCGUGGGGUGCAUGACUCAGCUCUACUUCUUCAGCUCCCUGGUGUGCACCGAGUGCGUGCUCCUGGCCUCCAUGGCCUACGACCGCUACGUGGCCAUCUGCCACCCACUGCGCUACCAAGUCAUCAUGACCACGGGGCUGUGUGUCCAGCUGGUGGCCUUCUCCUUUGCCAGUGGCUUCACCAUCUCUGUGAUCAAGGUCUACUUCAUCUCCAGCGCCACCUUCUGUGGCUCCAACGUCCUGAACCACUUCUUCUGUGACAUCUCGCCCAUCCUCAAGCUGGCCUGCACAGACUUCUCCACUGCAGAGCUGGUGGACUUCGUCCUGGCCUUCCUCAUCCUGGUGUUCCCACUCCUGGCCACCAUCCUCUCCUACGGGCACAUCUCGCUGGCCGUCCUGCGCAUCCCCUCGGCCACGGGCCGUUGGAGGGCCUUCUCCACCUGUGCCUCCCACCUCACCGUUGUCACCAUCUUUUACAUGGCCAUGAUCUUCAUGUACGUCCGUCCCCAGGCCAUCGACUCCCGGAGCUCCAACAAGCUCAUCUCUGCUGUGUACACAGUCCUCACGCCCAUGAUAAACCCCUUGAUCUACUGCCUGAGGAACAAGGAGUUUAAGGAGGCCCUGCGGAAGGCCCUGGGCCGGGGUCGGGGUCUACAGCAGGAUAGUCAUGUUGCCUAG